GAUGGAAUUGAAGCAUCUCAUCAUUGGCUUGGCCAUUGCCUUCAUUAGCUACCUCGUCGUAGGGCAGCGGCGGUCUAAGAAAGGCAUUCAAGAGCCACCUUAUCUUCUUGGAAAGAUUCCGGUUAUUGGACACAUCAUUGGAUUUGCUCGUGAUGGCCUUCGAUACUUUGGAAAGGCUUGCGAGGGGUCUGAUGAGGCCAUUGUGACAAUUGAUUUCCUCGUCUCCAAGGUUUACUUGGUCAACAAGUCUAGUGCAGUUGCUCAAGUUCAGAGGAAUGCAAAAGUCAUCACAUUUGACCCUUUUCUUGAUUCCGCAGCUGAACGUAUGGUGAAUGUCUCACCUAGAGGUCUGAAGUUGCUCACGGGCAAGGAAAAUGGAGGUGGUGAUCUGAACAGAAAGAUUGUUAAGGCUAUGCACCCGGCUCUUUUAGGUCCAGGUCUCGACAUCGCGAAUCGGAAUAUGGUCAACAACCUUGUCAAAUCGGUAAACGAGCUUGAUAAUCUGAGCGGCAAGAGCUUCGACCUCUAUGCAUGGGCAAAACAUGCCAUUACCAUCGCAAGUACCGACGCUGUAUGGGGUGAGAAGAACCCAAUCAGAGACCCUAAGAUCGAGGAAGCUUUCUGGGAUUUUGAGAUGCAUCUACGCCUCUUGAUCGUCAACGUACUUCCUUCAAUCAUCGCACGCAAGGCAUAUCUCGGACGAGAGAAGGUUGUGGCCGCGUUCGUGAAGUAUUACAAUGAGAGCGGUCAUAAAGUAGCUUCGGAACUGGCCCAAGCACGUUGGAAUGUUCAGCACGAGGGCGGCGCCAGCACCGAGGAUAUCUCUCGUCUGGAGACCGCAACUGUACUCGGAGUGGUUUCAAAUACGACACCUGCGUCUUUCUGGAUGCUCUACGAUGUAUUCUCACGCCCUGCUUUGUUAGCCCAACUCCGCGACGAGGUACGAGAGCACGCGCUCAAGAAAAACGAGGCUGGAGAGAUGAUCAUCGACCUUGCUGCUAUGAGAGACAACUGCCCAAACCUUUUGGCCACCUUCCAGGAAGUUCUCCGUACACACUCGAACGGUGCGCCUACGCGCUUCAUCACGGAUGAUAUAGUGCUAAGCGACAAAUAUCUGCUGAAGAAGGGCCGCGUCCUCAUGAUGCCUGGAAUGAACAUGAACUACGAACCCGACAUCUGGGGCGACGAUUCCCAAAACUUCGACCCUACACGCUUCAAGAAGGACAUCUUGAAACAGAGACCUACCAGUUUCAUGUCAUUUGGCGCAUCUCCCGCCCUUUGCCCCGGAAGACAUUUCGCGAGCGGCGAGAUUUUAGGGAUGUCAGCUAUGAUGAUUCUACGCUACGAUAUCACCCCGGUUGGUGGGAAAUGGAAUAUGCCCAAGUUUUGGAAGGGUGCCAUUGCUGCUUCUCUACCGUCUCCUGCUGAGCCAUUUAAUGUCACGAUUACUCCUAGGGAUGAGUUCGUCAACAAGACGUGGGCAUAUGAGUCGACCGAUGGGAAGGGCAAGUUCCCCUUGAUUACUGGA